AUGAGCGACGUUUUGGCCGUCUUCAACACCCUCCUGCAGUCGAAAUUCGUCAAGGAAAACAAUUACAUCCUGACUGCUUCUAUAAAUUACCUCGAGAGCACUUGGGCUGGACGCGAACGCAACGCACCUCUCAUGAAACCCUCGAACAAACAAGUUGAGCGAACCCCACCAUUCCACUUUUGCGGAGCGGACUUCGCGCGACCCUUCUACUGCCGGUCGGAUCUCGGCCAGGAAGAGAAAUCGUAUAUCAUGUUGUUCACAUGCGCAGUCCCGCGAGCAUGCCACCUCGAACUGACCAAAAAUUUGUCCACGUACGAGGUGCUCAGAGCACUACAAAAGUUCCUGGCCAGAAGACCGACGGCCCAACACUUCGUCUCGGACAAUGGAGCCUCGUUCAGACGGACGGAUAAAGAGAUCAGACUUGUGUAUAAACACAUUGCCGAUGGGGACUUAGCAGGCUGGCCGAGGAAUUCUCGCGUUACCUGGACCUUCAAAACACCGGCAGCUCCCUGGGUUGGCGGCUUCUGGGAGAGGAUGGUCGGAGCGACUAAGCGAUGUCUCCACAGAGUCAUCGGCAAAUCUAAGUCAUAUUUUAGGGACUUGGAGGUGAUCUUAUGUGGAGUUGAAUCGAUGAUCAAUCAGAGACCUCUAACUCCAAAGUCUACGAAUCCAAGCGAUAUCAAGGCGCUAUCCCUACUCUUCGGAUAUGAAGGAACCACAUUUUUCCCGGAAAUGUCGGACAGAUCAAAGAACAAAGCGGAUAUCGGAGCGGUGGUUUUCUCGAAGCGGUGGAACUUCCAACAAAGUGUCCUGACCGAUUUCUGGAGGAGAUUCCAAACGGAAUACCUGGCAUUCCUUCGUUCAGCGCAUAGCAGAAAACCGGUGAAUCGAAGAUCGCUACAGACGGGCGAGAUCUGCAUCCUCAAAGAGGAAAAGACGUCCCGCGAUUACUGGCCGCUAGUUCGAAUUCUGGAGAUGCGCGGAGGGAAGGAACCAGACUCCAGGAAACGCUCAUGCACCAUUCUCACCGGUCGUGGUCUAACUCUGGUCAGACAAAUCCAGCUGUUGUAUCCACCGGAUAUAGAGAAUCCCGACCCGCUUUAUUAA